UGUGGUUGUGUCAGUUUGAAUUCUUCGUCUCUCUUCUAUUUCUUCAUUUCCUGAGACGUUUCGUUGUUAUGGCUACUGUGAGUUGUCCUGCUCCGAAAAAUUGCAAGUACGAAGGUCCUUUCCGGAGAGUUUCGGCUCAUUUCCAUUCAUCUCACGACGCCAGCGAGUGUUCCACUCAUUUUGUGAGAGAAAAUAAUCUAGUUCAGCGCCCUACAUGUCAUCAAUGGUUCACUCGUCUCAAUCAACAUGUAUCUAAAUGCAACACGUCUCUCAUUUUGUCUUCAUCAUCUUCAACGGUAAAAAGAGCCACUCCCACGCAAAGAGAUAGCAAUGUCGAUGUAGACGAUCGUUUUCGGGCUUCUCAGUCUUCUGUUUGUUCUGCCCAACCUCCUGAGAUCAAUGAGAAAGAGUCAAAUGCUCAGCAGGAAGCCUGGAGGUGGCUAGAUUCAAUCUCUAUUGAUGCCAUUUUACAAUCCCUAACAGUGCAUUCCGUCCAGUAUGUACCUCCUGCUCUCCGAUCAACUUUCUAUGAUUGUUGCCUCAUUCCUUUACGUAAAAUCGAGGAAGAACCAGAAUACGAAGGUGGUUGGGAACUUCUUUUGUUGCUUCCUCGUAUGAUUCUGAAACCACACCCAAAAGGGAAAUCCAGUUUGCGUGACGUGAAAGCUAUUCAUCAACGUUUCCUACAUUUUCACUGGAAAGAAUUGGUGAAUUUGCAGUCAUCAAACAAAGAAUCUCGGAAAGUCGAUGCGUUGUCCAAGCAAAAUCAGGAGGAAAGGUAUAGAGCUGCACUGAAAUCUGUCAAGUGUGCUGAAUUGUCUCGUGCUGCAAGAAUCCUUACAAGGGAUGGUUUGAUACCGCCGUCACCAGAAACUGAGGAGAAAUUGAAAGACAAACAUCCUAGUCAAUCAGAAGAAUUACGUCUUUCUACUGUGAACACCCCUCAGAUAGACUUGAAAAGGUCUGUUUUCUUGGAGGCAUUACGAAGAGCACCAAGGGGUCGGGUGCUGGUCCUUCGGGCUGGAGGUAUGAGCAUCUACGUCUACUGCUGGAAAACAUUCUCACCUGUGAUCUCCUGUUUGGAGCUUGUUGCCACAUUGCGAAACGUCUCUUACCUGCCAACAUAGCUCCUUUAUUUACAGCAUCAAGAUUGAUUGCUCUUCCUAAGGGAAACAGAGAUGUUAGACCCAUUGCAAUAGGUGAGACACUAAGGCGAUUAACUGCAAAGAUUAUUUGCCUUCAGUUGAAGUCAGAUCUUGCAACUUACUUCGCUC